CAGUUCCUCUACGGCGCGACUCACGCCUACUGUGUCAGGUGGGGCGCCCUCAACAGUGCAGCCCCACAGGUGGCAUCAGCUAGGUGAGACUGUUCCCGCCAGGCUAGGCAGUGGAGCGCCGCACAGCGCGCCUUCCCGCCUCCUAGCCGCCGCCCAAGCAGUUCCUACCCAGCUCCAGCAGACCUGCUCGGUCGAUCUUCGAGCUGAAGAUGCGGCGGGGCUGGAAGAUGGCUCUGUCUGGGGGGCUGCGGUGCUGCCGCCGGGUACUGUCCUGGGUGCCAGUGCUCGUUAUUGUCCUCGUCGUGCUGUGGUCCUACUAUGCCUACGUCUUUGAACUCUGCCUGGUGACUGUUUUGAGCCCAGCAGAAAAGGCUAUCUACCUCAUACUCUACCAUGCCAUCUUUGUGUUUUUUGCCUGGACCUACUGGAAGUCUAUCUUUACACUCCCACAGCAGCCAAACCAGAAGUUCCACUUGUCCUAUACAGACAAGGAGCGCUAUGAAAAUGAAGAGAGACCUGAGGUCCAGAAGCAGAUGCUCAUCGAUAUGGCAAAGAAGCUGCCAGUUUACACGAGAACCGGGAGUGGAGCUGUACGAUUCUGUGACCGGUGCCAUCUGAUCAAGCCAGACCGCUGCCAUCACUGCUCUGUCUGUGCCAUGUGUGUUUUAAAAAUGGACCAUCACUGCCCUUGGGUUAAUAACUGCAUUGGAUUUUCCAACUACAAAUUCUUCCUUCAGUUCUUAGCUUAUUCUGUUCUCUACUGCCUGUAUAUUGCUACAACAGUCUUCAGCUAUUUCAUCAAAUAUUGGAGAGGGGAAUUGCCCAGUGUUCGCUCUAAGUUCCAUGUCCUUUUUCUCCUCUUUGUGGCCUGCAUGUUUUUUGUCAGCCUUGUGAUUCUAUUUGGUUACCAUUGUUGGCUUGUCAGCAGAAACAAAACUACCUUAGAGGCCUUCUGCACUCCAGUGUUUACUAGUGGCCCAGAAAAAAAUGGAUUCAACCUUGGCUUCAUCAAAAAUAUCCAGCAGGUGUUUGGAGAUAAUAAGAAGUUCUGGUUAAUACCUAUUGGGUCCAGCCCUGGUGAUGGACACUCCUUCCCUAUGAGGUCCAUGAAUGAGUCCCAGAACCCACUGUUAGCAAAUGAAGAACCCUGGGAAGAUAAUGAGGAUGAUAAUCGAGAUUACCAAGAAAGCUCGUCAUCUCUUGCUCUGGAGACGGAAACAUAGCAGCUUUCACAUUUCCUCCAUCUCUUAGACAGGACCCACUAUCUCCCAUGAGACUUACAGAAUUCAAUGUUGGAAACCAUUCUAAUCUUCAAAACAAGUCACCAUGUUGGAUUGAAAUCUUCACAAAUUGAAAGCAUUUCAUCAAAUACUUCCUGUGCAGGUGUUUCGGGACUUUAAAAAUUAUUUAAUUUACUGACUAAAUUCCAGUUUAGCAACAAGUACUUUUAAGCUAGUUUCUCUUUCUUUCUUACCCUUCUCUCAUUCCAUGCAAGCCAUGUAAAAUAUAUAUCUUUAUAUUCAUCUCUUCAGGCAAAAGGGAAGUUAAAAGAUUUCUUCUGAGUCUGAAUUCUCCCAGAAAUACUAUCAUAUCUAAAGUGUCUAUUGGUAUUGAGGGGAAUCAGGAUACUUUUGCUGCUUGUGUGCAUGUGCAUUUAUGAACAUGUAUUUUGCAGCUUAGCUAUACAAAAUUCUACCAUAAUGUCAUGAAAGUUAAAGUUUAAAAAACAAAGGUGUUUAGUUAAUCAUGUUUCCCGCCCAAUAGAAAUUUAUAUAUUUGCUGAGCUUGGAACUUUCCCUAUGUCAGAUAUCUAAAAUUUGAGAGGAAGAUUCAAUACACUGUGACCAAAGUCCUCAAACUAAAAAUUUUCACAGAGGAUCUUGAAAGCACUAUAGCUAAAAUACAAGAUCAAAUCAGAUCACAUUAGAUUUUUACUUCUUUAAACAUAACAUGUUUUAAAGACUUCUAAUGCCAGGCAGUGGUAAAAUUCUCCAAUUAUUUUUAUUCAUUCCUUUGCUGUCUAGCUUUACUUUAACCUUUUAUGUAUUACUUUUAUGAUGAAGGAAAGACAAUAAGCCUAAGUUAUGGGCCAUCGCUUUUAUAAAAGGUUUUAAAGAUGAUUUUCGGGUUUAAUUACAGUACUGUUCAAAGGAGUAAAGUUUCACAGAUGACAUUAGCUGAGGAUUAACAAAAGAUCUGUGUUUUCACAGAGGGAGUUAAUGUACAGUUAGUGAUAACUGAACAGUGGUAUGUCGAUCCUUUUUUCAAGCCUUAAUGGCAGCUCAGCCAUUAAGAUAGUUUAUAUCCAUUUCCCCAUUUAUUUAUAAUCAGCUUUUCUUUCACUCCCAGUGCCUGAAUCAAUGAGUAUGGACACUAAUGAUGCUUCUUUAUAAUAAUACCUAAGAGUAUUAAUGUUUUUCUCACUUCAACCAGCGCUGGAGUGCCCAGCUGCUGACAAUAAUAGCCCCAAGUCUUACAGUGAGCAGUGGAAGUUAGAGGCAUCUUGCAGACAUCAAAGAAUUGAGCCUCUAGUAGGAUGGUAAGAUUUACUAAAUUAUCCUUCCUGAAAUCUUUUUGAAUAAAAAAGUUAGUUGCCUGCCACAGAUUAGUCAGUGUUAAGGCUCCAGUGCAACUGAGAAAGUGAGCAAUCCAGCUACUUAAAGCAAUAGCAAAGCCUAUUUCUUUGGACCCCAUCGGUACUUUUGACCAAAGUGAAACUUUUAGCAUAAAAUAAAUGGAUUUUGGUCAGAAUUUCAUUUGAGAGAAACCAGAUAUGACUAAAUCUAUUAGGACCAAGAGUCAGGGAUUGUAUCUCAAACUCAAAAGCUAAGGAACAGCCUAAAGACUUGAAUACUGGAUUUCAUGAUGAAAUCUUACAUGUUCAAAUUGGAAGAUUUCCCCCAUUCAUUCUCCUUCUAAAACAUUUCUCUUCUUCAGGUUUCUCUUGAAAUUAUCUGCAUGGUUUUAUGAUGGACAAGUUUUGUCUUCUAUUCCUAUAUAAAUAUGCCUCUCUAUGUAAAUGGAGGCACAUUACUUACUCCACACGGAGUGGGCUUCAAAGCAAUCUUCACCUUUCCCAUCCGUCACCUUCUGCCAAGAGUUUAGGCCGAACAGCUGCUAUGAUUCAAAAUUAGAAAGGCAUGGAGAACUUCUCUGCUACAUAGAGUAUAUCAGCACUGAGUUUUCUCACAAAUCAGGUCACAAAAGACAUUGUCAGCAAACUACAGGGAAGCCCUGGAAAGGUAAAUCUCUGGGUAGCUAUGAUGCAAAACAUUGUUUAAUGUCUUAUAGACGUUUACUGUUUUCCAUAAGGCCAAAUAAAUCAGAGUUUUACUGGGGGACUUGGACAAAAAAAGAAACAGUAUUUCUAUUUUAGCACCUUGAUCUUACUAAGUUAUAGACUGAUAACAUCCCUGUUUGUAGAUCAUUUGAGUAUUGACUGCUAUACAUAGGCAUUCAACUGGUUGAUUAUUGAUCAAGAAGCCAGAGAGGUUUAUUUAAUAAUAAGCAUGCCAUGAUCUAGCUCCUUGGGUUUUUUCCUUGGAACCUUGUCCAAUAACCUCUUUGGGAAUCUCAUUUCUUAAUUUAGGGUAAUCUUUCCCAUUUGUGACAUAAAAGUAUUCAUUGUUAAGAUCCUACAUCUGAAAGGUGCUAUGUAAGUCCCUAGUGUUCUUAAAUGCCUUUAAUUGCAGCACUGGGAUGAAAAAUUUGACCAUAAUAGUAUUUCUGAGUAAUAUGCUUCAGUCUCUCUUCCGCUCUUUCAUUGCUGACUUUUGCCUGAAAGGCUUAGAGUACUCCGUUAAUGCUCUUCUGUUUGUUCCAACAAUGUCCUUGGAAAGAGACAGAAUGGAAAUUAUUUAUCCUGUGGUAGAGCUGGAAAAACUGAGGGUAAGAAACAGAUGAAGUGCUGUCCAAGACCACAUAGAUGUGCUCACAGUUACAGUGUCUAGUGCACAAUGACUUGACUUCCUAGUAGUGGAAUUACCAUGGAACAGCUUAGAACACGGAUAACAAUUAAGAUAGGAUCAUGUUCCAAAACAGUCCAACUUUGUCCAAAAUAUUAAAGUAUGCAAUUUAUGCAAGUCUUAUUUUUAAAUUCAGUAUGUGCCUCUUUUUCCCAUUGGCCUUGUGUGACACACAAAUUUCCCCCUAUAUGGCAUUGGCCAGUGCCAUAAUCUCCUGUAGCACCAGUAAAGCCUAAUCUCAGGGCUGUUUUUGUCAGUAAAACAAUGUGAUUCCCCAUGUUUCUACCAAAUUGCACAAACUCUACACAUUUAAGAGGUUUAGGCACCGUCAUAGCAAGUAUGACUACCCAUUAUUGUAUUUUAGACCUCAAAUGUACAAGGACCUAAUGCACAGGAAUAUCUCUUUCACAUUACAUUAUACAUAGUUAUGUAUACUCACAUGCAUGUGCACAUGCACAGCCCGGUAUGGUCGUUCAUGUGUGUAAUCCCUGCACUCUGGGAGGCUGAGGCAGGAGGAUCUCAAGUUGAAACCCAAUCUGGGUAAAUUAGUGAUGUUCUGAGACCUUUUCUCAAAAAAAAAAAAAGAAAAGAGGACUGGAGAUGUAGCUCAGUGUGAAGGCCCU